UAACAUUUAGUAAAACAGUGUUGGGAGGUGACUAGAAGGAGGGUUAACUCGGUGAUAAACAACUUGUAAACAAACAACUUCUUAAAUUUACCGGGAAAAUAGUAAAUUAAAGAAACAAUAGAUAUGCUGUCGCUAACCGAUACCGGCAAUUCCUCGGGCAUUCCCGACAAGGCUUGGCAGCCGCAUUUUGUGACUUUGGAGACCAGCAUGGGUGAAAUCACCGUGGAACUGUACUGGAAACAUGCCCCCAACACGUGCAGAAACUUCGCCGAGCUCUCGAGGAGGGGCUACUAUAACAACGUGGUGUUCCACCGGAUCAUCAGGGACUUCAUGAUCCAGGGCGGAGAUCCCACUGGAACUGGUCGUGGAGGUGCCUCAAUCUACGGUGCGGAGUUCGGCGACGAACUGCACGGCGAUCUGAGGCACACGGGCGCGGGAAUCCUGUCGAUGGCCAAUUCUGGACCAGACACCAACGGAUCACAGUUUUUCAUCACUCUUGCACCCACACAGUGGUUGGAUAACAAGCACACGAUCUUCGGAAGGGUCUACACCGGCAUGGAGGUGGUCAAGCGAAUAGGGCUUGUGGAAACCGACAAAAACGAUCGUCCUGUGGAUCCUCUCAGAAUAAUUAAGGCCAAGGUGGAGAAGCUGUGAGAUUAAAGCUAUCUUAACUAAUAGGAAGCUGCCUGAUUGAACUUGUUAAAAGAACUGUAGCAUAUGUAAUUCCUUUAGUAGUGAGUCAAAUUCGGUUUUUUGAGAUGUAUUUAUGGAAUGACUAGAAACACAAGAAAUCUAUUCGAUUGCCCAGGUCACAGAA